AUGCUUCGCUCGUCUUUGCUGGCAUCAUCUGCUGGCCGUACUAUGGCCCAGCGUUCUUCGCCAUUAAUAACCUCUCUUUCGGCACAGCUCUCCGGUCUUCGCAUCGCUGCAACUACCACCACCACCACCACCACCACUACCUCAUCAUCUUCUUCCUCUUUCCACACAUCGGCUGCUGCCAACGCCAAGGUCAGUCGGUACGUCAAGUCUUUGCGUCGUGUCCAGAAGCAUUUUGCUCGCCAGCUUCAAAAGCCUAAGCCCGAGGAUGUCGACCCCGUCCUGGGUCGUUCCAACGUCCCCUUUAUUGAACGCAUGAAGGCUGCUCUUGUUGAGUCCGAUAACCUUGCUUUUGGUCUUACUACCACCGAGGCUGAAAAAAUUGUUUUUGGUGCAGAGUACGCUAGCACCAUCCGCACUGCUACUUCAUCUACUAUCUCCACUUCCCAGGGACCCAUCUCAGGCGCUGGCUCUUCUUCUUUUGGCGUGAGCUCUGACUUGGCCGACGCUAGCUUGCAAGUCUCUGGCUCAGCUGCUGGCUCAUCGGCCUUUUCUGGUCUUGCCAUCAAGACCAAGGAAGAUGCUGCCAAGCGUGAGGCUAUUCUGCGUAUUGUCUCUAUGCAAAACUCGUCAUUAGACUCUCGUAAGAAGUUUGCUGUCGACUUUGCUGUCAAGGAGUUUUCUCGUUUUGAAGGCGACACUGGUUCUUCCGAAGUUCAGGCUGCAGUAGCCACCAUUAAGAUCCAUUUCCUUGUCACACAUCUUAAGGAAAAUAAGAAGGAUCUCCGCUCCAAGCGUACUCUCCAACAGCUCAUUUCCGACCGCCAAGGCAUCCUCAAGUAUCUCCGCAGAGCUCACCCCAAGCGCUACUACUGGGCCAUUGAGAAGCUUGGCCUCAACGAUGCUGCCAUCACCAACGAAUUCAACUUGAGCGGCAGAUACUUUGAAAAGUACCAGUUCUUCGGCCCCAACACUCUUUCUAUCAGAGACUCCAAGAAGGAGAGAAUGGCCAAGAUCAAGUAUGCCCGCAUGGAAAAGAAGGCCCAGAAGUUCCUUGCUGCUACUGGUUCCUCGCGAAAGUAA